UGUCGAUUACUGUAAUUGAUUAGUAAACUUCUUUUCCGCAUGAAUUUAUUUAGUAUUCCAAUAAAUAGGUUUUUUUUAUCAAAAUGCACCGCGUCAUUCGCGGACGCUAGCGCCACGCGAAAUUACGACUUUCCUCGGAACUUGACAUAACCUCGCGUCGCUUUGCCCCUUGCAGAAUGUAAACACUUUGAAACGCAAUUUGCUAAAUAAAGAUUAAUCAUCCCAGAUUAAUUUGCGAUUCACUCAAAUUUUAUAAAUUCUCACUUUCUUACCAAUAAAUCUACAAACUCCGUGCGUUGCAACUAUUUAGAGGUAACGGGAAUAUCACGCAGUGGAAGAGUAAGGAAAAAAUCUUCCAAGCUUAUGGACUUUGAGUCACCGGACGAUUUGGCAGACAAGCACAAGCGACAAAGGCAGUUACAAGCACAACACUUGGUAGAUCGUUUCGACACACCACCACCUCAACCAGCAAUUUUGACUCCGACACAUGCACCAGGUCAUGGAUCGAGAAAUCGAAAGAACUCUGGUUCUCAGCCAGUCAAAAUUAAACUCGAACCAGCAUCCAAUGUCUCUGACACGGAAGCUCAAUACUCAGAAUCUGAUUCUGAUGAACAAGCCGGACUGAAUGAAGAUGAAAGAUCUAGCUCAGAGUCUGCAAGUGAAGAUGAGGUAGAUCCUCUAAUGAUAGACGAAAAAGAAACUGGCUUCCGAAAACUUGAACCUCCUGAACAAGAAACUCCAUCACAAGCUAAUAGUUUAUACAUGCUUGAAAAAUGUAAGAAGAAACUCAUUAUCAAGGAUGGAAAAAUUAUUGGGCGCAUGAAAGCUCAACGUAAAGAUAAAGGAAAAACGAGAUUCACCGCUUAUAUGCUUUGGGCCAAACAAAUCAGACAAGAAUUAAUAGAGCAGUGUCCAUAUAUGGAUUUCGCAGCGAUAUCGAAACGACUCGGAGAACUGUGGGCGACGGUGCCAAAUUUGGAAAAAUACAAUUGGCGUAGGCGAGCGAAACGUUUAGCAGCAAAGCCAUACGUUCAACCCACAUCGAAAGAUGAGCCCAUAUGGAAAACACCAUCUGCAGCGUCACGUAAAAAAUUCAUCAAUAAAAUUGGAAAUGGGAAAGAGCCGAAAGGAUCAAUAGCGAAGAAAACAAUACAUUUAGGCGUACCGUCCAUGGUUGGAAACGUUCCAAUUUCACCUCCUUCAAGUCGUGUGGGCAAGGAUUUGGUCAAUGAACCAGUAAUCGGGACAGGAAUUUACAAGGUCGUGGGAACCGAGCCUGUUGACGUAGCUGCGCACUUGAAGCUCUUGGGCGAAAGUUUAACGAUAAUCGGAGAACGUUUAAAAGAGCAUGAGGGUCAAAUCGCAGUGUCCGGAAGUGUUUCAGUUCUUUUGGACUCGUUGCUUUGUGCAUUAGGACCAUUAACUUGUCUUACACAGCAAAUAACUGAGGCAAACGGUGCAAAUCCUGAAACACUGGCUCAACUUCUCGACAACAUAGCUUAUAUAAUGCCAGGUCUUUGAGUAUUCAUAAUCGACUUUUUUUUAAAUAGAAAUUAAUGUAUUUUGUGCUUUGUAGGAAAAUUUACCUUUUAACGUAAAAUUUUACAAAAUCCAAUGAAAUUCAUACCGAAUUUUAUUGGUAAAUCUCGUAUCGAAAAAAAAAUAUCCAUGUAUAAAAAUUAAUAGAUAUGAAAAUAAAUAUAUAUUACGUA